UUAAGGUAAACUAUUAGUCUGAACGCUAAACACUGUCCUAAUACAAUCAAGUAGGAGAGACAUGACUAUCCUUAAUCUUUGGCUUUCUAGAAUUCUAGCUAUCGAAAGUGAGAAUAAAGAGGAUAAAUUGAAGUGGCUUACGUAUUGGGUGAUAUACGGAGUAUUUUCGAUAUUUGAAUGUGCAGCUGGCAUCGUCCUCUAUACGUUACCAGCCUAUCAUAAAGUGAAGAGUAUCUUUCUGAUGUGGUGCAUGGCACCAGUCGAUUGGAAUGGUUCUCGUAUACUUUACAUGAAUUUCAUCCGUCCCUUCUUUUACAAGCAUAAAACCAUGAUGGAUGAACUUGAUGAGAAAAUCACAGAGGUUAUAGAUAAUGUGAAGAUGGAAGUAAUCAAAAAAAACAUAAGUUCAAUCUUCAAAAGAUCAAAGAACAAGUGAGAAUCCCACAGUGAAUGGGUCAAUUCUAAGACCACACAUGCCCCAAACUCUCUACAAUAAGAUACAUAGAGGCUGCAUGGAAGAAGCUCAUUGGUGAAGCUUGUGAACAUCCUUAAACAGAUCUUCGUAGAAGCAAUGUAUUUUCAGAACAGUUUGUAUUGACAGAAAUUU